CAAUAAUGUGAUUUUCAGAUGCUGGAAAAGUUCAUUUUGUAGCUUGUGUAGAACUUGCAACGUGUCUGCACCAGUAUAUAAAGCCGAAACUCGAGUCGGGGAGGAGCCGUUGUGUGUCGGCCCGCUUCUGUUGAAUGCAUUACAGAUGGUCUUCACCUGAGCUGACGUGAAGCCACAUUUGGCUGUCAACCUUGCACAAUUCAAGGAAAUGGCAGACAGUUUCUACAAGUUGGAAGAUGAAGCCUUCCCCAGUUUCCUCUGCAAGUCUCUGGACAGCACCAGUGGCCGUGCUACACUGGGGAAUGUGACAUUGGGUUCAGGCCCAGGACUGCCAGUGGCUGCCUCUACAGUGGCUAAAAUUAGACCUGAGUCUGACAACAGAGGAGAUCCAGUUGAGGCCUCGUAUCUGGAGGGCAGAGAGCUGCAUCAGAGAAACUCACAAUCAUCUUUUGGAGAACAAUCCAAGUUUUCCCUCGGCUUCAAAGAUGACUUGGAAAAUGCGGAUGACUUCAUUGCAGCCCACCGUCUAUCAGACAUGCUGGUGAAAAUUAAUCUGGAUGAGUGUGCAUCCAGAAACCAAGGCUCCCUGCAUGGUCUUCCCCCCACACACGCAGACUCAGUCCUCGGUCGACCCACUGAAUUUGGAACAGAUCUGUCAACAGGGCUCCUCACAUUUGGACAUAGAGAUAGUGUAGAUGCCAAAGCCCAGCUGCUGUCGGCUACAGCUGAGGAAGACUAUGUGCAGAGCGAGGGAGUGGACAGUGACCAUUUCACUGGCAGUAACUCUAGCUUUUUGGCAAAUGAGAAGCUCAUGUCUGCAGACAGCAUGAACAGUGACAUUACAGAUGAUGACAUUGAUUUGAACAACCUGCCCGACGAUGAACUGGAGAUUUACUUCAAUAAACUGGUUCCUCCUGCCAUGCAGAGGGGCAGAGUGGAGGGCCAGGAGAUCCCUGCAACAGGACUGGCUGGUGCAUCUGCAUCUGAUGACCUAUCAAAUCCCAGUUCUACAGAGCCUGAACAGUACAGACACCAGUUCCUUGAUAACUAUGACCAGGAGGACUUCCGGAUGCCUGAUGUACGUCUGGCUGCUACAGGUAUGGACUCCUGUCCCGCCAGUGAUGAGGACACUGAGGAUGAGCUGGAGUCUGCCAGAAGGAACAGCAAUACCACCAGAACACGGAUGCUGCCGAGCACCUCCAGACAGCUGGUUGGAGAGAGUAAUCGUCCCAGUUUCAGGCCGGGAUUAGAGGGAGGCAGUUCUGAUGAUGAGUCUUUCAGCGGCCGGGGAGGUCCAUCUCUGUCCGGGAUCGAACACAGACGAUCUGCUGAGGGACAAGUCAUCAACCCUCCUGUCACAGGGGAUGGAGGAGGAGGGGAUGGGAGCAGUGGGAGUGAGGAAAGCGGAAACGAUGGGGGCGUUUCAACCAUCCCGCUGCCAACGGCUAACAUCCAGACCACCUACGAUGCCCUGCGUGGGCUGGGGAUUGUGGGUAGCAGUGCUGUUGGUGGGGAUGAGGACGGUGAUCAGAACAAUCUGACAGGACAUGGAAGGACCAGCCUUUCCAGACAUACUGAGAUGGGUGACCGUGUGGGUCCUGUUGGAACAGGGGAGGCCAGCUUCUCUAUGGGGGCCUCUGGGGGAACUCAGAGACUUUCUCCAGUCAACUGGAGCAUGGUCCUGGACCGGCAGGAGGCAUUGGAUGCCAUGGAGAGCACAGAGUCUGGGCCUGCUGUUGACAGACUGCUGGACUCUGUCUACCUGAGAGGUGGAGCUGGACCCAGGAGACCACAAGACUUAACUGUCUCCCACCUUCAAGGCACCCAGUCGAGCUUCCACCUCUCUCAGGUGCUGCUCCCAGAAAGCAAUGACCAGGAUUAUGAUGACGAUGAUGAUGAUGGUGUAGAUGUGCCUGAUGGUGCCAGGCCUUCCUUGGGCUUAAGAGGAGGACCCUGUGGUGAUACUACUCCUCCUGAGGCCUCUGACAGCACCAGCGAGGAUGACAACCAUCUCCUCUCCACCUCCCUAGAACCCAAAUAUUUCUCCCAGAGCUUCCAGGAGCAAGAGGAUUCAGAUGAUGGGUGGAACCACUGUCCAGACAACCUAGAGCUGGAGUUUCAAAAAGGAGCCAAUGCCACUGACGGUGUGGUGUACCAGAACGAAGAAGGGCAAUGGGUGACAGACUUGGCAUAUUUUUCCUCUUUUGAGAAAGAGGUUGAUGGGAAGACAACAGAGAAUGUUGUCCAGUUUCAGACUGAAGACUUUGUUCCUCCCGGUGAUGCUAUGGAAAAGAUUGUGAAGGAUCAAGAGGAAUUUGAAAAGGAGAAUCAAUUCAUGCAGGAGGAGCAGAUUGAACCACCCAGCACCAACACCACCAUUCAGAGUGACUCAUCUUGGAAGGUCCCUGCCAACAGCCACAUCCUAAUGAGGGCUUCCCAGGUGUCCUCAGAGUUUAAGCAGGGGGACCAAAGCUACCUGCGACUCUCUUUAGGGCAGUUUUUUGAACAGCGCUCUGAAGCCCUGGGCUGUCUGGGCAACAGUGAUGAUGUAGAUGGGGUUAAACGGCCAUCCUUUGGCUACAUCAUUACCUCUCCAGGGAAGAGGGACCCGUUCCCGCUGCUUCACUCCUCAGGACUCUCAUCCAGAGACGAUUCUCCUCACAAUGACACCACAGAGCUCAGUGAAGCUGACAAAACACUCAACCAAGAGGACCUGGACAAAACCUUAGAGGCACCAGGUGAAAGGAUAUCACCUAAAGGUGAUACAGAUCCUGCACCAUGUGCACAAGAGGAUCACACUGACCGUGUUGCACUGCCUGACCACAGUGAGGGCUCUGGCUCUGAGUCAAGCUUGGGUAACCAGAGCUGUGUGUCCCCCAACAAUAAUAGCAGCCAUCUUAUGCUGAGUAUCAGCACAAUAGCCUCAGCCAUUGCAGAUGCAUCCAUCAGCACUGACCCGUCUCAGCUGGCUGCCAUGAUCAUGGAGCUGUCUAAGAGAAGUAGGGCGAGGAACCGGCCUGCUGGACCGGCUGUCAGCUGCACAGAGGAACCACACCCAGCUGAACAUAUCCUGCCUGAGGCAGACCAGAGCGUUAUGUUGGACACACUGCAGAGGAGCACCUGUGUUGGAGAGCUGAGCGCCUUUAACAUAGAGAAGUAUUUGAAACAGGCUGACGUGUCUGGCAGCAGUGACGCUUCGGUGGCACACACUACCUUCGACCUGACCGGCUGGGCCGAUAACCUCAGGAAAUCUCAGAGGAACCUUCAGGCAGGAUAUCUGGAGGAACAGAGCAGCUCAGUUCAGCAGAUGGAAAGCAAGACUCAACAAAACCCUGCAAGUACCAAAACAGAGGAUACAGUCACAAAAGGAGACACUACAUUAAACACUAGCUCAUCUGCAGCAUCCCUUUCAAAUGCACUACCACCCCAUAAUAAUAGUGAUUCAAAAAGAAGCUCUAUUCCUCGCCCUCGUACAUCAUCCAGCUCCGCCAGAAGGUCUGUGGGCUCAGGGCAAUCUUCCACACUCAAGCCCCCCGCAGACAAAAUGGCAGCAUAUGAUAAAGCUGCGUCCUCUGCUACCAAGUUUUGUGUUUCCUCAGGCAGGACCCCCACAGAAAAUGGAAUCAAGCCAGGAGAACUGAACCCACAAGCAUCCAACAACAUUAGGUUUUCCUUAGAAGCUUCACAAAGGAGUGAUAAAAGCCCUGCUGCCUCACCUGGCGUGCCAGGAACCUCCCCGGAGCGGAGGAAAGGGCAGUCAGGCCUGCCUUGUUUUAAAGGUUCCUCUCAGCCGACACAGAGGGCGAGGAGCGCAGGCCAGCAGCAGUAUGACAGACAAAGUAACUCUCCAGAGAGGAAAGCCCCUCCCAGGAGUGUCACAGCUGCUUCUCUGUCACAUAGACCUGUGGAGAAACACGUGGGCUUUUCUUGCCAAAACAGCCAGCCUCCAGUAGACAUUGCAUCAGAAGUGCCCAAGGGUUUUCCUGAGCCCUGUGCUGAGGAGACACAAACACAGUAUAACUUCAGACCGUCCACCUCUCCUCUUACUCAAUCGUCUCCGUGUCAGGCCUCUCCUCCCAGUACUGAUAGUAUGGUGUCGCCUUCAUCGUCCAGUGGUGGUCUGCCAGACAAACGUCCAAGUCUUGACCUCUCUCCUCAGUCUAUCUGCGAAAGCCCGAGUCUCAGCAGGCUCACAUACAUCUCAAUGAAUGAGAGCACUGUUAUACCUACACCAGAAAGGCCAAAGAAUAAUUGUACCAUGGCACUGAGCACCACCAUAAUCAGAUUCAGUCCAACCCCACCUGUGGAACCAGAGUCUAACCUGGACAUUCUCGGUUUGCCCAAAAGCCUCGACCAAUUGCAACCGCAUCACUCUAAAAGUCUGGACCCGCUACCUCCACAGCAUUAUAAAAGCCCUGAGCACUCCCGCAGUGGUUCUGCUCUGAGCUGUACCCGCAGCCAGAGUGAAUGUAACUACCACUGUCCUGGGAACAGAACAGCUGAUCUCUCAGCAGGCUGCAGGAACCACAUUCACCCCUCUGAGUCCAAUGUAAGGCAGCUCACUAAAGUGGACUCAGGUUAUUGUAGCAAUCUGAACAUCCAGCAAAGUAGCACCGCCACAGCUCCUCACAGCACCCAGCAGUGGGGGCCUGCUACCUCUGUGUCAUCGUCUGUGUAUGCUGGUGGAGUUGGCAUGCCUCCGUCCUACUCAUCAGAGGGACUUCACUACGUGCCCAUCCCCAGCUUUAAACCUCAGUGUCCUGGCUUGAUUGACCAUCCCCACCAAGGAGAUAUGCAGUCCCUCCUCGUUGGACGCUCUCUCUUCAACUCUCAGCUGGCUCAGCAGUACUUAGGACCUGAAUCUCAAUUACACCCUGGUGCCUAUCAUGUGGGAUCAACUGCAAAUGGUCUCUAUGGCAUGCCCAACAGUGAUCUAACAGUGAGACACGUCCAACCCACAUCAGCCCCAAUGGGGAUUCCUGGUGCUGCAGGGUCCCAUCACCUUCCUAGAUCCAAUCAGAGCCAGCAGGACAUGGGAAUGAUGGGGAAAUCCUACAGUCAGUACGGGGCAGAGCCACUGAUGACUGGUGGUCUUGAGGAACUGAGAGGUCAAGUGGUUGUGCCAGAGGAGCUGCGGUUCCCUCACGCUUGCUGCGUAGGUAUCGCUUCACAGACAUCCCUCAGCCUCUUCAACCCCUCCGAAAGAUGGCAGCAAGUGUCGAUCACAGUCACGAGCUUGGCCAUUGACGGAGAGAAGGUUGAUAGCUUGCCGUACCAGUGGCUGAUAGUGAAGAACAAGACGAUCAUUGGGCCUAAGAGUACAGAGGACCAGAAGGUGUUGUUCAUUCCUCCUCAGGCUGGUGUGUACCAGUGUGUUCUCAGUGUUUGCUCCUGGCCUGCAUCCGCUGAGACAGAGGUGGCUGCCAGGGCCACUAUCUUUUCCAAAAGGGUGGUGCUGUUUGCUAUAGCAGAGAAUCCUGCACUAGAGGUGGAAGUCGGCAAAUCUGGCUGUCUGGAUUUUGGAGAUCUGUCCAUGGGCAGUGCCAGAUCCCUCCCUCUCAAAAUAUUCAACAGGACUCAUGCUACAGUACCCAUCCGACUGGUCAUCAGUGCAAAUGCUACAGCAUGGCGAUGCUUCACCUUUUCCAAGCACCCUGUUACCAUGACAUCUGAGGCAACACAGCAGGCUGGUCACAUUACCCCAGUGUCCUCUCCCUCUGUAAUGAAUCACGUGAUGCAUGCCACCUACGGAGAGAAUCCAGAGAGCUUCAUGGUCUGGGUUCACUUCAAGGCUCCUCAGAAGUACACAACCUCUUCAGGAGAGCUUGGUCCAGCUGAUGAGUACUGCGCUCGGGUGGACAUUGAAGUGGACUCUCCUGGUGCGAGUCAUGUGAUCAGGAGUAUUCCUGUCAGAGCCAGGUCUGGAACCGCAAGGGUCCACGCUCCAAAAGACCUGCAGACUGUCAGCCUGUGUGCUCCGCUGGGUAAAUCUAGUCAACAGACGCUGCCAUUAAAGAAUGCAGGAAACAUUGAUGUGCAGCUGAAACUCAAGAGCAGUGAUGCUGAGGACUGUUUCUUGGUGACACCUGAUGAGCUGACUCUCAGAGUGGGAGAGGAGCAAGGCAUUGUUGUGUCCUUCAGGGCAAACGGCAGCAGGAAAUACAGAGAGAGCCUUCUCACCAUCUUAGUGCUGCCGUCAGGUCCUCAGUAUGAGGUUACCCUGAAAGGAGAGGUCGUCUCAGAGGACUCUGGGAAAGCUGCCUUUCCCCCUGCUGCUGUCUUUGGUUCUGGUCUGGCCAAUGACGUUCCACCAAUUCUUUCUAACAAACAGUUCGUAGCCUGGGGAGGAGUCACUCUGGGACGAGCUGUCCAACAGAAGCUGGUUCUAAGGAACAACUCGACCAACGCCACACAGCAGCUGCGCUUGCUUAUUCGUGGUCAAGAUCAGGACUGUUUUCAGCUCCAGAGUAUGUUCAGUCCUGAGGAGCGUCUGACCCGACACGGGGAGCUGUCCAUUCGUCCCAGAGAGGACGUGACCAUCCACCUUCUCUUCGCUCCCACCAGGGUGGCCUGCAUGUUGGCCAAGCUGGAGAUCAAACAGUCUGGAGUCCGUCCUUCACAGCCAGGAGUCAAAUUCACAAUUCCACUUUCAGGCUACGGCGGCACCAGCAACAUCAUCCUGGAGGAGCAGAGGAAACAGGCGGACGGCUAUGUGGCCACACUGACAGACAUCGCUGUGGGGCGUGUUAGCAAGGUUUGCCUGUGUGUGAGGAACACCGGCUCCAGAGCAGCUUUCAUCAAAGCCAUUGCCUUCUCAGAUGUGCAUACCCGAAAAGUAAUGGAGCCUACUGUCAUCAGCCUCGCCCCGUCACAAUUUGUACUGAAGGAGAGAACGCAAGAGGUGAUUACUGUGCUCAUAAAGUCCACCAAGAGAGAGCAGAGCCUGUGUCAGUCAGAUAGCGCCCUGCUGGCUACUGUCUUGCUGUUCUGUGGAGAUGAGGUGUCCAGGCAGCAGUACAGAGGAUUGCUUCAGAGCAAACCAGAGGCUGCGCAGAAGGCUCUGUCUGACAACAGUCUGCUGAAAAACAUCGACUUUAAUGAGAAGUUCCUGGGAGAAGAAAAUGUGACAGAAAUGUACAACCUGCCCCAGCGGCCAAAUGAAGCCCACAUCUUCUAUGGAAACAUGAGUAAGGUGGCUGUGAUGUUGCUGGGAAGCACAAAGAGCACAGAAUGUGAGGAGAGCAACCACAACGAGCUGCUGCUGCCCUCACAGACAGACAGUGCGUCCCUGGCAAAUGGUAAUGUUACUCUGGACGUGCUGCCAGUGAAGGGUCCCCAGGGUCCAGCAAUGAGAGUGGCAGAGCCCACGUUAAAGGCUUCUGAGCCAUUACACAGGCAGUCUGAGUCCUGGACCAUCCAUCCAGAACAACUUGUGCUCGCGGCUCCUACCAUCAAUGGUGCUGCCACCACCAGUCAGGUUCAGAUCCGGAACAACACGUCCAGAGAGCUGAGCUUUGAUUUGUCCUGGCCCGCUCACUGCCUCACAAUCACCCCUCAGCACGGGGUUAUCGAAUCACAGUGCCACCUGCAGAUUUUAAUCAGCCCCAACCCCUCACUCGCAUCCAAAUCUUCCCUGCUGCCAUGGAGCGGACAGAUUUAUGUCCAGUGUGAUGGUCAACAGAAGUUUAUCAAGGUCCAGAUCCGUCGGGACCUGGCUCUGGAUGUGUCCGCAGCCCCAGCAGAUACCACUUUAUCAGCCCUGGCUCCUCAGGCUGCUACCCCCAUUCUCCCCACAGCUAGACUGACAACUAAAGCUACACUCGCCUCGCAGACUCCUCUGCAGCUACCUCACGCCCUGGUGGAGAUCAGCAACAAGACCAUCAUCUUCCCCACCACUCCUUCAGGGGAGACAUCAGAGGCCCAGCUGGAGGUGGAGAACGGGGAAGUGGAAGUGAGGUGGUACCUGUCAUCAUUUGCUCCUCCAUAUGUCAAGGGGGUUGACAACAGUGGAGAUGUUUACCGGGCCACCUACACCGCUUUCAGGUGCUCCAGGGUCUCGGGCACUCUGGGAGCCCACGAAAAGAUGCAGGUGCCUGUUACCUUCCUGCCGAGGGACCGAGGGGACUACGCCCAGUUUUGGGACUUGGAGUGCCACCCUCUGUCUGAGCCCCAGCAGAAAACCAGAAUUCGCUUUCAAACCUGUGGCACUGGGAUAAAGUCUGGACCAGUGGAGGCACCCCAGGAAGGAGACUGCUCUCUGGUAAAAACAGAGACUACUGUUAAGGCCAGGAAGAAAGCUGAUGCCUCAGCAGGAAAAGCCAGCCAGGAGGAGGCUGUGCGGAGGGGUGUGUACUCUCCACAGGAUCUGUACACCUUCCCGGCCACACGGAUGGGCGAGUCCAGCACUCUGAAGGUCAACAUCCGCAACAACUCGUCCGACGCGCAUGAGCUGAAAUUUGUAAACCCUAGGGAGCCCUUCCAUAUCAAGCAUUCCAAAUAUUCCCUGAGAUCACAGCACUAUCUGAAGCUACCCGUCCAGUUCAAGCCCAGCACUGCAGGCAGACACGCUGGCUUGCUGCUCAUCCAGUCAGAAACAAGUGGAAGUCUUGUUAUUCAGCUGACCGGUGAGGCAUUGCCUUGAAUUCACCAUCUACCAUCCUCCACCACCUCCUCCUCAUGCGGGCUGGCUGGCUGGCUUGCUGGCUUUGGGUGGAUGCUCUUCUCUGUACUAUUCAUCACGGGAUGGACGAGGGCAACAGAGAAAACUGCUAAGGGUCAAAUAAAAGCAACACUGGACUUAAAUCCUUCCUCAUCAUCAUAUUUAGAGACUGUCUUACAAUGUAGAUGGAUUAACUAGAAAUGAGACUGCCCCAUCUGACUCUCGCUCUAUCUCUCUCUCUCUCUCCCUUCCUCACCCUCCCUCCACGCCGGCUAAGGCACAGGUGUCCUCAGCUGGCCCACGGAAAAACCAAUUGUGCCCGUUUUUGUUCCUGAAUGAUUCGGUCUGACUGGCUCAACAAUUAGUCUGCACCGCUCUGGCAUUUUCAGAGAGCUAAAUGAUUUUUGUCACUUGACUCUAGAUCUGGUAUUUGCCUUUAUCCUUGAGUCAUGUCACAAGGCAGCAUUGUUGUUGCCAUGGCCCCUGUCAGACAGGAGCAGUACCAGUUGGGAUACGUCGGGGAUUACUCUGAGUUGGUCACACAGGAAUGCCUUUGUCUCUUGUUUGGUAACAUGCCUGCAGGGAUUUUUAUUUAUUUAUUUUUUUUUCUAUUUUGGAAAAACCACACAGUGUUGCAUUUUUUAUCCACAGCUGAAAUAUAGAAAUCUGAAAAAGAGGCCUGGACACAUUUCUGUUAUUAACUCACGAUUCUAACAAGACCACAGACUUAAGGAUUCAGUUUUUCAGGAGUCGCUUAAAUGAAAUGCAUAUUUAGGUCUGUGUACAUUUCAGAAUAUUUUCCCUAAUCUUCCCUGCUGGUGUGGUUUCUAUGGAAAUGGCUUCUCAUCAUGCACAGUGGCCUUUGUCAGCACCAUGCGUCGACUUCCCAGUAACCUCCAAGACUCGUUCCAAACAGUCCAGAUGUACUUAAUUCAGCCAUGAUCAGGGCAGCUCACAGCAACAUUAGGAUGGUUAAUGAUUGUUAUUACAUGCUAAAAGAGUUUCCUCUGGUGGGGCUUUUGUUCGGCACCUUGCCAGGCCUGCUUAGUAUGGUUACCAUGGCAAAACUGUGUUAAUCACUGUUCCAGUCACAGAAAAUUAGCUCCCCAUUUCCUCUUUUGGCUCUGGGGCACAUGGCCAAAAUUGCUCAGGGGCAUUGGAUUCACAUCCAUAAUCAGUUUUGGAACUGGAAUGGCACAGGAAUAAUGUACGUAAACUUGACUGAGGACGUAUUGUUAACCUGUUAGAUGCCGCACAUGAAGACAACACUUUGGAAAUUUAGAACACUAGUGUCGAGCGUUAUUUUCCUGCUUUUAUAGCGAGUUUUUUAAUAUGAAGGCAGCAUAUUGUCACAGGUUGUUCAUAACAUGCAGUGACACGUUUUGAUUUACAAUUUGCACACACUUUAAAUAGUUUAUUAUGUAAUAUAUUGUUAUGUACACAUUUAAAUAAAGUUUUGU